AUGAGGCGACAGAGCAGGCCCAAGCUGCAGCUAUCCAGGCCUGAAGAGGGGCAGCAGCAGGGGGCGGAUCUGGCCCGGGAUGCCCACGUUCUCCUCCCACCUCAUUGCAGUGAAUCUCACGCCCGGUUCUACGCUGCUCAGAUCGUCCUGACCUUUGAGUAUCUGCACUCGCUGGAUCUCAUCUACCGAGACCUAAAGCCAGAGAAUCUCCUGAUAGACCAGCAGGGCUACGUCGAGGUGACGGAUUUUGGUUUUGCCAAGCGGGUGAAAGGCCGAACCUGGACUCUGUGUGGGACCCCGGAAUACCUGGCCCCCGAGAUCAUCCUCAGCACGGGUUAUAACAAGGCUGUGGACUGGUGGGCCCUGGGCGUCCUCAUCUACGAGAUGGCAGCUGGUUACCCGCCAUUCUUCGCGGACCAGCCCAUUCAGAUCUAUGAGAAGAUCGUCUCUGGCAAGGUCCGGUUCCCGUCUCACUUCAGCUCAGACCUGAAGGACCUGCUCCGGAACCUGCUGCAGGUGGACCUCACCAAACGCUUUGGCAACCUCAAGAACGGGGUCAAUGACAUCAAAAACCACAAAUGGUUUGCUACCAUCGACUGGAUCGCCAUCUACCAGCGGAAGGUGGAAGCUCCCUUUAUACCAAAGUGCGAAGGCCCCAGUGACACAAGUAACUUCGACGACUACGAGGAAGAGGAGAUCCAGGUCUCGGUCACUGAGAAGUGCGCCAAGGAGUUUGCUGAGUUCUAGGGCCAGCGCCCCCCGGGAGGGGGCGCGCGGCGCAGGUGGGGGCGGGGUUGGAUUUUGGUUUAAUAGAUAAAUUAUAUAUUUUAUAAAUACAUGAGCGCUGUCAGGAGCGGAGGGGGAGAGCCCUGUGCCUAGUACUCCCCCCAA